CCAGACCAGAGGCCGAACUCCAGAUCUGACAAGAUGGCCGGGCUCCCACACAAGAUUAUUAAGGAAACCCAGCGUUUGCUGGCGGAACCAGUUCCUGGCAUUAAAGCAGAACCAGAUGAGAGCAACUCCCGUUAUUUUCAUGUGGUUAUUGCUGGCCCCCAAAAUUCCCCCUUUGAGGGAGGGACUUUUAAACUCGAACUAUUCCUUCCAGAAGAAUACCCAGUGGCAGCUCCUAAAGUACAUUUCAUGACCAAAAUUUAUCAUCCUAAUGUAGACAAGUUGGGAAGAAUAUGUUUAGAUAUUUUGAAAGAUAAAUGGUCCCCAGCACUGCAGAUCUGCACAGUUCUGCUAUCCAUCCAGGCUUUGUUAAGUGCUCCCAAUCCAGAUGAUCCAUUAGCAAAUGAUGUAGCGGAGCAGUGGAAGACCAACGAAAACGAAGCCCAAGCCAUAGAAACAGCUAGAGCAUGGACUAGGCUAUAUGCCAUGGAUAAUAUUUAAAUUGAUCCGAUCAUCAAGUGUGCAUCACCUCUCCUGUUCUGCCAAGAUUCUUCCUUUUUUGUUUGCAUUUAAUGGACACAGUCUUAGAAACAUUACAGAAUAAAAGCCCAGACAUCUUCAGUCCUUUGGUGAUUAAAUGCACAUUAGCAAAUCUAUGUCUUGUCCUGAUUCACUGUUGUAAAGCAUGAGCAGAGGCUAGAAGUAUCAUCUGGAUUGUUGCGAAACGUUUAAAAGCAGUGGCCCCUCUGCUUUUAUUCAUUUCUCCCAUCAUCGUUUAAGUAUAAAGCACUGUGAAUGAAGGUAGUUGUCAGGGUUAGCUGCAGGGGUGUGGGUGUUUUUAUUUUACCUUUUAUUUUUGUGGGGGGAGGUAGUUCUAUUUUAAUUUUAUGGGCUCCUUUCCCCCUUUUUAUGGUGAUCUAAUUGCAGCUAACCAGUUCUUUAGAAUAUCCUCUCUAGCCAAGUCUAACUUUAUUUAGACAUUGUAGAUGGACAAGCUUGUUUGAGCCAAAAUGGGAACAUUAAACAAACAUCACAGUCCUCACUAAUAACAUCGUGACUUUGCUGUCAAGUGUAGAUUUCCCCCCCUUCAAAAAAAAGCUUGUGACCAUUUUGUAUGGCUUGUCUGGAAACUUCUGUAAAUCUUAUGUUUUAGUAAAAUAUUUUUUGUUACUCUAAAAAAAAAAACUGAAAAGCUGGGCCUAACCUCCCUGCCACUAGUAGAAAGGGAGACCAGGGACAGCCAGCUCCCAGUCUUGUUAACAUCCCUUCCAAUCAGCUUCAGAAGAUUGUGUCCUGGGGUUGCAUCUUCUCCAGUCCAGAAUCCUUGAAGGCUUAAGUCCCAUAUCCCCAGUGCUCUCCACUGCUGGUUUCUGGCAGUAGCAGAAUGUCGGCUUACCAUGUGAGUAAAUGAAGCAUAUGUCACUAGAACACAGCUCAUGGAGGGUGGCAGGGAAAAGGUGCACAGGUAAGCAGAGAAGCCCAGGGAGGAACUUUGCCUCUAGCAGCUCUCAGAAGCCACUAUCCCAUCCUGUUAGCACCCACAGUUGAGAAGUUGGGUUCCUAUUAUACUAGGAGGCUGUGGAGAGACAGCAGGAUAUGCCAAAGUGGGGAAAACCUGGCCCAGAUGAACUUGUCUUGUCCCCAGAGGAGUAGGGACGGCUCAGCCUGUGGCCCCAAAUGCAUCAGAGCCUCUGACAAGACCUGAGACCCUGUGUUUAUAGAGGCAAGUGUUUACAGAACAGCCCCUGUGGGGAGUUGCUGUCAGGAAUUCUAAUGCAUUCUUCUUUGGGGGGAAAACUAAAGAGGAGACAAUGUAUUUUUUUUUUCUUUUUUGAGACAGAGUCCCCUGUGUCCCUCUCAGAGCAACUUCUAACUCCUGGGCUCAAGUGGUUCUCUUGCCUCAGCCUCCCAAGUAGCUGGGACUACACGUGCCCGCCCACAAUGCCCGGCUAUGUUUUGUUUGUAGUUGUCAUUGCUGCUUAGCUGGCCCAAGGCUGAGCUCAAACCUGCCACCUUUGGUGUUUGUGGCUGGCGCCAUAACCACUGUGCUACAGGCGCCCAACUGAGACAAUGUAUUUUUUAACCAUGUUCACAUCCCUCAGA